CUUGAGAUGAAAAUGAACUAUUUAAAGUCAGGCAAUUAUUGUGUAGUGGUUCUUUGGUUUGAAUUGGCUGGAUGAACAAUUAAAUAAGAGGGCGUAGAAGAAUACAGGCUCUUGGAAAGGAUAGAUUUGAAGUGGUAUAGACAUAGAUAAAGUUCAGUUCAUAGGUUCAAUUUUAUGAUUCAAACCUAUCUCAUACGAUUUAAAUAGCUCAAUAACAAAAAUGGCGAAGGUUGUUAUAUUUUUGACGUGCGUUUUAGUUUUGUUUGUUGUCGCAGAAGCCACGCGGAUUAAAACAAAACCUUCAAAAGAUGACAUCGACCACCACGCAGAGAUGAUAAAACUUGCGAGGAAGGCCGCGAAAGACACGGCCACAAGUGGAUCAAGACUCGGGAAAAUCCUCAGCGUCAUCAAGGAAUACAAAAAUAAAUUCUGGGGAGGCAAGUCCUGGGCGAGCAUCAAGAAAGAACUGCCUAAGCCGAGACUUCAGACGGACACCAAAGAAUCAAAACAAAAAGAAAAUCUGAAACUUGAGGUGGCACAAAAUGACAAAACUGCAGAUGUCGUAACCAACAAUGGCGGUUUCACUCACACGGUUUGGUUUGCAGUUGGAGCCGCCUGCUUAUGCGGAGUGGUUAUUUUGGCGCUGAUCGGAGUAAUCGCAAGGAAGAGAAUCCUGCGAAUGCACGAGCGCAGACGCCUUGCGGAUGGCCUUGUAACUAAUGAUUUUAAUGAUGAUGCAUUUGCCGAACAAGAUGAGGUGGUUUUUGACAUAAAGGAAAAUCCUUUAAGUUCGUGACUGCAUCAAGGAAAGAAGGAUAUUUAGCACAAGAUAUAGUACAAGCAAAGGCAUUCUCGCAAUAUUUUUGCAUCUAAUGCCGUAUUUAAAAAAAGCCUUUAAAUGCAACUUUAAAUGAGUCUAUUCUCACUGUCAUAUUAGUACAAUAUAAUGCUAAGAUUCCCAGACUCUUUGUAACGUGCGCUUCGACACACAGAUACAGUACUUAAUGAUGAUUUUCGUGUUAAACACCAGUUACUCGUAUUUCAGUCGAACAAUCAUCUGCUUUAAACAACAAAAUUGAAAAUCCAUAAUAAAUAAACACUUUGAAUAAUGCUAUCAAUUCACUUUUUCGAGCAUCCUCCUAAGCAGGUAUCCAGGACCCUCCUUAUUCCCCCUGCU